GCGAGGCGCAAAGCAGGGACUCGCGUCCCCGUUAACAAGGAUCGAUGGCAUCCGCGAGUCAACCUAGUGGCAACGGCGAUGGCGAAGCACCCCGACGGAGUCAAGUCUGCUACAAGUGUAAAUUGCCCGGGCAUUACGCCCGAGUCUGUGGACUAUACUGGAAGGAACGGUUCGAAUCCAAGACCGGAGGAGAGCUGUCAGACGGUAGCGGAUCUCGACGAAACCGGGGGCGUUCGGCAUCCCCAUUGAGAAGAAGAUGGGAACCGUCCAAGAGAUCGCCAUCGGCCGAUUCUAAGUACCACGGACACAAUGAGCGAGACAGCGUUAAAGAUCUGGUCAGUCUGCUGGUCGCUGAGCGAGAGGAGAAGGAAAGAGCGAAGAGGGAGGAGGAGGAAAGAACGAAACAGGAAAGAAAAACAUUGGUGAAAGAAGAGAAGCGACGCAAGAAGGAGAAGAGGAAGAAGCGGGAACAACAGGAGAACGACGAACGCAUAACUAGAAUCGUGAACAUGCAAUUCUCAAGAAGGUGGGGUGAGGCUAAGGAAGAGGUGGGACUGGACAGUUCUCCGGAGUAUCGACAGGAACGAAGACGUCACCGACGUGCAUCGCAACGGGCUAGGAAGCAUCGGUUAUACCGACACAAAUCUAGUUCGGAUAACGAUGUCUCCGAGAUCAGCAAUCGGACGAGAGGGCUGCGUUUGACCGAGAAGCGCAAGAGAGCACACGGGAUGACCGAAGAAGAGUCGCAGUCCAGUCCAGUCUGUAUGCUACUCCGCCAAAGACGAAUCGCGAUCUCGGACUACCAUCGAAAGCCUUCACGGUGAAAUCCACAAACAAAAAAAUGAAGACUACGUUGCAGCCCGUAACAAUGAAGAAGUUAAGAGAGA